AUGAGCGAACUUUACAAGGAAGCAGCGACGCUCUUGUACAAGCUGGAGAAACGUCAAGGUGGAUUAAAGAGCUUGGCUUAUGCUGAUUCUACAGUGCAUAAACGUAGCUCCUUUGCGCUUGUAUGUGAGACGUUGCGCUAUAAACCACUACUACGUAAACUGCUGGCAGCUUUGCCCGAAUGUCAUAGAGCGCUAAAGACGCCCAAGGACGCUACAGAACCGUCUGCACUCGUGUUUGUGACACUCUAUGACCUUCUCUUUGGUCGGCAAAAGAUACAGGGUGGUGGAUACGUGAAGAAGGCACUUUUGCAGCAUGAGACGGCGUUCCGAGCGGCACUAGCGAGACUAAAGAUUAAGCACAAAGUGGCGUCCAACGAGGCGCUUUUACCGCCUGAAAAUCGUCAGCAGCACCUUGCACUACCUCGUUACGUACGUGUCAAUACGCUUUUGGCUUCUAGUGAAGAGAUCGAGGCCUUUACGCGCGAGUUCGGUGCUAAACAAGACCGAGACGUGCGAGAUCUGCUCGUGCUGCCAUCGGGUACAGAGCUGCAUGAACACGAGAUGGUCAUUAGUGGAAAGCUAGUGCUACAGGACAAGGCUAGCUGCUUUCCGGCUUUUGUGCUGCAUGGAGAGCACACUGAUGCAAAGGACAAACAGGGCGACGUGAUUGAUGCGUGUGCCGCUCCUGGUAACAAGACUAGUCACCUGGCAAUGCUACUGCAGCAACAAGAUGGUGACGGAGAGGAUGGCAUUACUCGAAAGCGACGAGUGUUUGCUUUUGAUCGAUCAGCUAAGCGGCUUGAACUGCUAAAGCGACGCAUGGAACUUGCAGGAGCUGCUGCUCGGGUACAGGCUGAACUGCAGAGCUUUUUGGAGGUUCCCGUGGACGAUGAAAUGUAUCGCAAUGUGCGAAGUAUUUUGCUGGACCCAUCGUGCUCUGGUUCGGGGAUGACAAAUCGUCUGGAUCAUUUGCUAGAUAUCGCAAGUGCGCGUGAUACCGUGCUGGAACCCGAUGCUGGCUUAGAAUAUGAAGAAGAGACGGCCAAGCGUCUCCAAUUGCUUGCAGAUUUUCAGCUUGAAGCGCUACGAAAAGCUUUCUCAUUCCCACAAGUAGAGCGUGUGGUAUAUUCAACUUGUUCUAUUUUUCAGAAGGAGAACGAAGAAGUUGUCGCUGCAGCAUUGCAAUCCGAUGAAAAUGUUCAUGCAGCGCGUCCUUUUGUGCUGAAACCAGCUUUAAAGUCAUGGCCACGUCGUGGUCUUGAGGUCGCAGGCUUAUCGGUCGAACAGGCCAUGGCACUUGUUCGUGCAAACGGCCUUGAGGAUUCGACAAACGGAUUUUUCGUGGCGUAUUUCGAACGAACUGACAAUGUUGUUGGCGCUUCAAGUGCAAUAAAUGAUCAAUCUGAGAAGACAUUUAAGUACCCCGCUGCUGCAAGUGUUCAAGGUACCGCUACAUCACCUAUAGUAAGUGCAAAAGCUGAGACUUUACAUACUGGGAAGAAGCGCAAAGUGCUGUCAAUGACUCAAAAGGAGAAGCGCAAGCGUCGGAAACGUGAGAAGCGCAAGAAACAUGGCAUUUUAGUAUUAGACAACAAAUUAGAUGACGAGGUAGAAUGA